UGAAAUAUGGAAGACAUAGACUCAUUUUUAUUCAAAUUUAAAGGAUAUUAUUUUUGCCGCCCAGGACUUGAUAUAGGCUUUCUAGAAACAUUAAAUGAUUUUGAAAUCAGAGAAGAUGACGUCUUCAUAGUCACAUACCCCAAAUCUGGAACCAUCUGGUUUCAGCAGAUAUUAAACUUGAUUUAUUUUGAUGAACAUCGAAAAAACACUGGGAAUCUGGAGACGGUUUUGCGAGUUCCCUAUUUUGAGUACCCCAAUGAAAACACGGAUUUUGUUAAAAGACCAUCUCCUCGUCUCUUCACUACCCACCUCCCAUACUAUUUGGUUCCAAGUGGCCUGAAGAACAAAAAAGCCAAAAUUAUUUAUGUAUACAGAAACCCUAAGGACGUUAUGUGCUCAUAUUUUCACUUUUCAAAGAAGAUGCCAUUACCUGCUACAAGUACCAUUGAGGAAUUCAUGAAACUAUUUCUAGAAGGAAAAGUGCUGGGAAGCCUUUGGUUUGACCACAUCAAAGGUUGGCAUGAGCACAAAAGCCUCUUCAACAUCGAGUUCAUGAUGUAUGAGGAGUUUAAAAAGGAUCUCAGAGGUUCUAUGUUAAAAGUCUGCAAAUUUCUGGGGAAAGAAUUAAGUGAUGAGGACAUGGAUGUUGUGGUGAGCCAGGCCAUGUUUGAGAACAUGAAGUUAGACCCACGGGCAAAUUAUGACAAUAUACUAAAGGACCAAUUUGGGAUACAAGAAAAAGGUCAUUUCCUUCGCAAAGGUACCGUUGGAGACUGGAAAAAUUACAUGACUGUUGAGCAGAAUGAAAGGUUUGACAAGAUUUUCCAAAAGAAUAUGAAAGAUUUUCCCUUGAAGUUCAUCUGGGAUAUGAAUGAGGAAUAG